AUGGCAUCCAAAUCCAUCUCCUUGGUCCUCUUCCUCCUCCUUGCCGCCUUCACUGCGGGUGCAAGCGCAGCCACCUUCACCAUUACAAAUAACUGCGGUUACACAGUGUGGCCAGCGGGCAUCCCGGUCGGCGGCGGCACGCAGCUGGACCAAGGCCAUACAUGGAUCGUGGACGUGCCCACCGGCACCAGCGGCAGGUUCUGGGGCCGCACCGGUUGUUCGUUCAACGUGGGAAGUGGCCACUGUGACAUACACCGUCGAUUGCGCUGGUGCGCUCUCCUGCACCGUCUCUGGGCAGCCGCCAGCAACGCUGGCCGAGUACACCAUCGGUGGCACUGGCAACAACCAGGAUUACUAUGA